AUGAAGAGUGAGUGGUGCCCACCGAAACUGUUCUCAGAAUUUCCGCCAUUCUUUCAAUUAUAUCCGUGUGCUAAGGAUUCAAACCCGGGUAGUAUACAGCAGUUCCACUAUUUGGCUGGUCGUUUAAAACCUCAAUUUAUUGAUGGGCUUAUGAUGGACUAUUCGCAUCGUUUGUCGCCUAACAAGAUACUAACAACGAAUUGGGUGUUAAGUCAUAACCAACCGGCUGGAUUCAGGUUUGGUGGUAUCUACGCAUAUGGCAUGUGUGACAACGUACUGGAAACUCCUGUUAUACAUGCCGACAUCAAUCCGAGUACAAUGUCAACAAAUGUGGGUAUUCUUUACUUUCCGGUUCCUUGGUUGCGCUUUGAAGGCGACUUGCGAAGAGCUGCCGAUGAAUUGCCGUUGCAUGCAACAGGUUCUGUUGAAUAUCGCGGAGAUCUCUCUACUAUAACUUUAAAUUUGUAUAACGUAAGCACCGAGUUCGGCAGAGCGACCGUAUCAUUUUUGAGGUCGGUUUCGCAUCAUAUAGCUUUGGGAGGCGAGCUAUUGUUGGAAUGGGCAGAUCCUACUUCUGUCAUGGCGGAUACCGCCUUUGCGGCUAGAUAUAUGGAGUCCGACUUUUCAAUGGCCGCAACUGCAUCACGUCAAGGUGUCGAUGUUAGCUUUUGGCAACGUUUACAUCCGAAAAUCCAAAUGUCUACCACGUGGGCUUGGCAGCGCAAAACGCAAAAGUCUGUAGGCACCGUCUGCUACAAAUGGGAUUUCGAUAACGCCUACGUCAAAGGAAUGUUCGAUUCGAAUCUUUCCGUGGGUUUUAUGUACGCAAGUGCUCUUUCACAUUUACCGGUUAGCGCAGCGAUGAGCUUAUUGAUAAAUUUACAUACAAAUCGUUUUAUGUUUGGUUUGAAAUUUAUGUUAGAUCCUAGUGGUCUACAAAAAGAGAAUUAA